AGUUGCCGAUAUCAAAGUUUUUUAAUGCAGGUUAUGGUUAUGUUUACAAAAUAAUUGAUUAAAACGUGAAAACUUUUUGAAACACAAUUCCUUAAAAUGAACCCGGUCCCAGGAACUGCAUCGCUCCUCGAAGAGUUAGACAAAAAACUCAUGGUGCUUUUGCGAGAUGGUAGAACUUUAAUAGGCUACCUCAGAAGUGUCGAUCAGUUCGCGAACUUAGUUCUGCAUCGCACCAUUGAAAGGAUUCAUGUAGGCAAAGAAUAUGGAGACAUCCCACGGGGAGUCUUCAUAGUCAGAGGUGAAAAUGUAGUCCUUCUAGGUGAAAUUGACAGAGAUAAGGAAAAGGAUCUCCCUUUAUCUGAAGUAUCAGUAGACGACAUUCUCGACGCACAAAGGCGAGAGCAGGAAAAUAAACAGGAUCAGGAUCGCUUAAUGAAUAAAGCGUUAAAGGAACGUGGUCUCAAUUAUAUUCCCGACUUGGGGCACGAUGACAUGUUUUGACGGACAGUUCCCCUAACUUCGAAUUUCUCAUCUUAUGUCUUUUCUCGUCACUCCAAGUAAUAGAAAAGCAUUCACUAACAAUAUCAAAUUCCACCUUUUUCUUCCCACUCGUCUCAUUUUUCGGUAGAAAGGUUCGUUAUUUAAAAAAAGCGCGACUUCUAGAUGUUACAAGCAGUGCUUAAUAAGACUGGACUAUUUUUUAGAAAAUAAGAAUCGUCAAGUUCUGGCUUAUUCAGCAGAUAUUUGAUUUAGUAUGUAGUCUUUACUCGGCAUGUAAAUAUACAUAAUUUUCUAUCGUACAAUAAUAACUUUUUGGCAAGAUAAAA